ACUCGCUGGUGCGCUCGGCCGGGCGAGGCGGCGCGGCGCGGGUCUCAGUCCUGCGAUCCCGGGGCCCGGGGCGGCCAGUGUCCCCGCGUCUGGGUCGCGGACAGCUCUACCUGGAGAUCCGUGCUCCCGGGAGGGCUAAAUUCAAAGAGGAGCAAAGACCUCCAAAAAGUCUUUGGAAAUGUCUCUAAGUAUUUGUAAUGGUAUAUAAGCAGCCAAACAGGAGAUGACCUCAACAGAACUAAUUGAAUAAUAGAGGCAGGUUUUUGUGGGCCAUCAAAUUCUGUCCAGAAGUCAAAGACUCUUCCUUCGAAUUCAAGGACCGUGUGCAUUUAAUAAGAGGAUGACCUUUCAAUUUAAUUUCAGUAUAGAAGACCAUCUGGAAAACGAAUCAGCACCUCUUGGGAAUGGAGCUUUGACUCUGGAUUCCUCAAAAGCAUCACCUGCCUCAGAGAGUCAAGGAGAACCAGGAAGCAGAACAUUUUCUGCAAGACAGUCGGGGUCACCUGAGGAGCACUUGUGGGAGCGUGAGUCAGUGGAGAACGCAGCUCCCUCUCAAGACGCAGACAGCCCACCCAGUGCAGCUGACAGCUCAGGGGACCUGGGGACACAUGACGAAGGCCCCUGCUCGAGAGUUGCCAAAGAGCAUGCUGUGCCUAGAGAUUUGAAGAAAGUGCUGGAAAAUAAAGUCAUAGGAAUGUUGCCAGGUCUCCACCAUGUUAACCUAUCAGUAGUGAAAACCACCUUGUUGAAAGAGAACUUCCCCGGAGAAAACAUAGUUUCAAAAAGCUUUUCUUCACACUCUGAUCUGAUUACAGGCAUUUAUGAAGGAGGCUUAAAAAUCUGGGAAUGUACCUUUGACCUCCUAGCUUAUUUCACAAAGGCCAAAGUGAAAUUUGCUGGGAAAAAAGUGUUGGAUCUUGGCUGUGGAUCAGGGUUGCUGGGUAUAGCUGCACUCAAGGGAGGGGCCAAAGAAAUUCAUUUCCAAGAUUAUAACAGUUUGGUAAUUGAUGAAGUGACCCUACCUAAUGUAGUGGCUAAUUCCACUUUGGAAGAGGAAGAGAAUGAUGUAAAUGAACCAGAUCCAAAAAGAUGCAGGAAAUCAAAAGUAGCCCAAGAACUGCGCCAGUGCCGUUUCUUUUCCGGGGAGUGGUCUGAGUUUUGUAAACUUGUGCUGAGCGGUGAAAAACUCUUUGUGAAAUAUGACCUCAUUCUCACCUCAGAAACCAUUUACAACCCAGAUUAUUAUAGCGCUCUACACCAGGCAUUCCACAGACUGCUGGGUGAAAAUGGGCAGGUACUUCUGGCCAGCAAGGCACAUUAUUUUGGUGUUGGUGGAGGUGUUCAUCUCUUCCAGAAGUUUGUAGAAGAAAGGGAUGUAUUUGAGACUAGAACACUUAAAAUAAUUGAUGAGGGACUAAAGAGAUUUCUAAUUGAAAUGACUUUUAAGCAGCCCAGUUAAUAUUCGCCGAGUCUCCUAAGUGAAAUAAACAGAAUGACUCCAAACUUCUGUUUUGCUAUUGUUUUUUUCCUGAAAUUAUGGUAUGUGUUUACCAGAUAAUAGACCAACUAUGUUAACAACCUUGUGUUUGCCAGGUGAGACUGAGAAGCUGUCCUUGAGCGUUGACAAGAUGGCCCGGCAAUCAUUUUGUGGGAAAGUUGUCUGUUUUCGUUCCAUUUGCCCUUUCCACACCUUGGACUUUUCAUGAAGUCGUUCCCAGGAAAUCCUGCCGUUUCUUAUCUCAAGUUUGUGAAUUUCUUCCCAGCCUUUUUUAGUUCCUUGUUCGCAUGAAGUGUCUGACCAGAUUUUUAAAUAAUAUUGCAUUUCUAAAUGGCACUGAAUCCAAAUAUGAGGUUGAAGGCCUUUUAUAACUAGGAAGGUUUUAUUUUCAUAUUCAUUUACCUAGGAGGCUGAGCAGUUGAAAUGAGGAAAUAAGAAUCUGAUGGAGUAUAAAAGUGAUACAGAGAACUUAAUGUUACCCCCUUGUAGCUAAGUAAGAGACUCUAGGGUCUUGGUAGGAGAAAAAAGAAUAGGAAAAGAGAAUUCUGGGGUGUGUGAACUCCUUAUCAGUUGUUAACUAAUGUGGGAGGGGGGAGAAAAAGUAUUUUACUGCUUUUGUUGAUUUUGGUGCAAAAAUGUUCACAUCACUGAAAUUGAGAUCUGCUAUGCUAUCUAUAAUUGUCAGCUUUUUUCUUUUUAAAUCUAAUCCUCACAAAAUUUUUUUAAACCCUCACAUGCUUUCCCCCACUUUCUCCUAUCGGUGCAUCACAGUUGUUCAUAAUGGUCAGGUUCAUUCUGACACAGUCAUACCUGCAGGGAAUUGAUCACUCCGUUUCAGUCCCCAGUGCCCCCUCCUGGUCCCUCCCCUCGCCCCCACCCCAUUCUCCCUCUUAUCUUUUACUAGUCUACCUUGCAUUCAUUUGUAUAUAUUUUUUGAAGUUAUAUUCCAUGUAUGUAUUAUAUGAAAAAUACACUCUACUGUCAUGUAUAUCUAAAAAGAACAAAUUCAUUUAUAUAUAUAUUUAGUUGAUGCUUUAUAGCUGUGGUAUAAAUGUUUUUCACUGUGGUAUAUUUAUACACACACACAGUAUGAUUUUGUCAAAUUCAUUCUGCAUUUCCUCCCUUUUUCCAUCCUUCCCUUCUCCCCCACAAUCUCCUAUUCCACUGAUCUUCCCUCUGUCUUUAUGAUACUAACACCCUUUUUUGUCAGCAUUUUUUCUUUCUUGGAAGUACCUUAAAUAAUACUACAUCUUAGAUUUAAUUAAAUGUGGUAUUUAUUGGAAACCUGUCAACUAGGUACUUGUUUAGUAUCUUGCUUCAUAAUUAUAAACUCAUAGGAUGUAUGUCAACCCCAGUUUAGUAGUGACCAUGAUAGCUAACAGUUUUUAGCUUAUACUAUAUGUAUAACAGUUUAGCUUUACACAUACUAACAUUUAAUAUUCCAAACAGCCCUGGAUUAGGCUCUGAUUUCUGUCCUCAUUUUAUAGCCAAAUUGAAACUCAAAGGAAUUAAGUAAUUUGCUCCCAAUCAUAUUCCUCACCUUGAACUGGAAUCUCAAUUAAAGACAUUUGGAAAUGACACAAACCUCCUAAGGGUCUCAACCCUGUCAAUUCCUUUUUUCAUCACAAAUGUUUCUUAACACCUGCUUAUUAUUCUACAGUGAAAGUCACAGUUAAAGAAGUCUGUAUCAAACCUGGUAUGGUAUAUCCCUGUAAUCCCAAUAACUCGGAAGGCUGAGGCAGGAGGAUCACAAGUUCAAAGCCAGCUCAGUAACUUAGUAAGACACCAUCUUGAAAUAGAAAGUCUGGGUGGGUAACUCAGUGGUAAAGUGCCCCUAGUACCAUAAAGAAGAAAGUUCACAUCAUCAAAAACUAAACACACACACUGCUAACAUAUAUAGGAUUACAUAUGUUCUUCCUAACUAUGACGUGUAGAAAGUCAUUUACAAUCACUUUGUGUCUCAUCAGGUGAGUGUACAGUGGCAGGCAGUGGCACGCUAGCCACAGAAGACGGGCAGUAGCUCCUGUUAGUCCCUAGAGUGCCCUUGCUGGAAAUGCCAGCUGCAGUUCCAGUUGCUGGAUGAGGUAGUUCAAAUGGGCCGGCCAACUGCAUGGGCUGGCGGGGAGGUUCAGGCAGUGGUAAACCUGCGAUGCAUGACUGGUGUUUUCAAGAGAAACUCGAAUUAGCCUUCAACAUGAGGCCUGUCCAGGAGUAGCAGAGACAGACCCUGAGCAGAGGCUCUGGACACAAGUUCAAUCCCUAGAAGUGGGUCCAGCAAAUGCAGAAGGUAUCAAAAAGAAGCUCAGUCCUGCGAACUAGAUAAUUCUGAGGUAACAGUCCAAAGGGGACACACCUAACCAAGACAACUGGCAGGAAGAGGACUUGGGAUGUGAAUUAUGGCUACAAAUCCAGGAGAGGGAUUUCUUGUUAGAUUUCUUGAGCAAAUGAUUUGUUUCAGGAGACAUACAGGCUAAGACAGUGGGUUUUGUAGUCUCAUACCUUGAGUUUAAAAUUGUUUUCCAUAUUCACAAUGAAUCCCAUUAAUGUGUAUGAUUAAAGUGUGUUAAUAAAAAUAGA